GCGCCAAAAUAGCAGUUGAAUUUCUGGCUUGUAGAGCCGGCUCAACAAAAUCUGCAGCCGUCUCUCUGCAUUUUUGCUUCCCAGAGCCGACUGCAAUUUUCUUAAGCCGGCUCUUUGCAUAUUUUUACCCUUUGAGCCCUUUUUAAUGCAAUCUCAUUUUGCUUACUUUGCGGUACAACAGAAACAGCUUUGGGUUUGUCAGAUUUUCAGAAGUCAAAAACAGCGCUAGGCUUAAGAAAUCACUUCGUAUGAUCUGCUUUGGAACUGAGAAGAUCAGGGUUGCAUUAGCCAUAGAUCGAAAACCCAGCCAUCCAAACCCAAAACCACCUCGCAUCUUACCACCUUCGCCACCUCCUACAACCUUUAAGAUGAGAUCCUUUGCUGAGGUUUUCCUCAAUAGUCCACCCCCCCAAAAAAACUCCAAUGAAAACUCACCCCAACCCCAGCCAAUGGGAAGCACAGAGGAUAAAAGAGCUGAGAAAGUUACAUUGGUGCUGGACGAAGAAUUGGAGGAUUGUAGUUGGCUCCAAAAUUGUGCUACGGGAGAGGUACAUACCCCCGAUCUCAUUCCGGGUCUUCAACAAGUGCUUUGGGAAAACGGGUUCUCUUUUAUCCACAUUACUCCGAUGGGGGGAUGUAAAGUCCUACUAAGCACGGACGAUAUGAACUUAACUACCAAAUUCAUUGAGGAAGAGGGAGCUUGGUGGAACAAGGAAUGUCUAGAUGCUGCUAGGAUUCUUAUCUCAACAACUGAAGCAGAUGCCGCAGAUCAAAUAGAGAAGGGCAUCUCUCUAAGCAUCUGGAAUCAUCUUUACCCCCUGAAAGUUACAGAAGAGAGAUGGCAGACAGAUCCUUGGUGGCUAAGAGCAGCAAAAGUUUAUGUUAGUGAUGCUUCUAAGUCUGAUGAUCUUUCUGAAGCAGAUUCCGGCCAAAUAUCCGAUAGUUGGGGUCUGAGCUCCAACGAAGAAGUCAAACAGCCAAAACAAUUCAAAAAGGAUCCGUUGAAUGAAUUAAAUGCCAGGCCAGCUACUACUGAAAGUCCCAAGAAGCUUGCCUCUUCACCUCCUGUUGACUUUCAUCAAGUGAAAAAUAUGUCCAAUGACCAAAUCGGACUCAGCAACCCAUCUCAAGCCCAUCCCCCUAUCAAUGGGUCGGGCCUGAACCCAAGCGCCGACAAUUCCCCAGCCCAGGUAAAUCUUGAUGAAAAUCCUCAGAUGAACCAAGAAUGUUUUCAGAAUUCAGAAACCCAAAGGUCCAUAACAGGCCUUCAUCGUGGAAUUAACAAGAAGUCAUCCAAGCAUGGGAAGCGAAAUUGCAAACAGGGGAAGAAUUCUGGACUCCUCAGUGCCUCCCUUUCAGACAACUUCCUCGAGGAAAGGAGCAGCUUAUCGGCAAAAGAAGUAGAUGAUAUGGACAUAAGAAGAUUUGUGGAAUUUAGCAAGCGGCUGGGUCUUUAUUUUGUGGGAAAUGAGGAAGCUUUUGCCUCAAAGUUUCAAGAAUUAGAGGAACGGGAUUUAGGGCUUCACUAACCCAAAUUCCUUCUUCUCUACCACCAGAUUUCUUUUUCCAAUGAAGGUGAUCACAUUUAAUAUUCAUUGACUGGGGAACAUUAUAAAAAGGAAAGAGUUGUGAAGCAUUGUAAGCAAGGAGCAUGUUAAUCUCUUAAUGAUUCAAGAAAAAAAAGUUGAGUCUAUUGAUGAGUCUUUAUGCAGAUUGGUCUAGGGACAAGAUAGCUUCGAUUGGUGCUCUAAAGGAGCAGAUGGCAGGGCUGGUGGCCUCCUUUGUAUCUGGGAUCCAAAUUUAUUUGAGAAUAAAGAGGUAUUUGUGGGAGAUGGUUAUCUGGGAGUUGAAGGUCUGUGGGGAGGAAAUAAAACCAAGUGUUGCUUUUUAAAUGUGUAUAGUCCUUGUAAUGUGGCUGGUCGAGCGAAGUUGUGGAAUGAUAUCUCUACUCAAAUUGGGACUCGGUGCUGCUUGUUCUGUAUCGGGGGAGAUUUUAAUUGUGUCAGAGGUCAGCAUGAAAGAAAAGGUAGAAUGACUU